AGUGGUUAUUGGUUGGAGGGGGGCGGAGGUCGGAGGAAGUAUUUAUGUGCGUGCUUGGCAGCAGUGCACGCACACACACCCCGCCCCUGAAGACGCACACAGCCUGUCAUACACACGUCAUGGGUCUGCGGUCACCUUCCUGUCUGCUGCUGCUGCUGGUGCUGGUACCCGCCACCACUACAGCAAGCACAUGCACUGGCACUGAUCCCUGUACGCUGGACUGCGGCGGCUGUGGCCUGUAUGAGAAGGCUCCUGACCCUGAAAACUGCCGCGGCUACUAUGUGUGUGAUGGUACUGGUAAACCCUUUAAUACACCACCCCUCCUGUGUCCCGACGGCCAAGUGUAUGACAUCAACACUCACGACUGUAUCUCUGAAGACACAUGUAAUGAGUGCCCUCCGCAAUGUAGUUACGAGUGCUUAGGAACUGCUUCUUUCGCUGCUUAUGAUUUCAACUGUGGCGUUUACUAUAAAUGCGACGGUCACGGCGUUAUUACUGGAGUUGAGCAAUGCCCAGGCUCGGCAGGCACGGGUCUCUUCUUCGACGGGGAGUCUUGCCAGGCUGAUAAAACCCGGUGCUGUCACUGCCUCCCUUAUUGCUCCACAAAUGCUUUCAACAGUGUUAUACCUGACCCGCAGGACUGCCGGAAGUACUAUUUCUGUGGAUCUGCGCAGGAAAUAAGCGCCCAGUACGGCAUAUGUCCCACCGGGGAGAACUUUGACCCCGCCAGUAAAGUUUGUUCCGCCACUGUCGCGUGCAGCAUAGAUGAAGCUUGCCGGAAUGUGGUGGGCGCCGACGGCUGCAUCGACCCGUUUACUUGCCAGCAGACGGGCUACUUCGCCAAGUGCCCUAACCAGUGCACGCCUGACUACUACCACUGCACGGCGGCGACCGGUGACUUCCAAGACGUCAGUUCCUGCAGCGGCGACAAAGUCUUCCACCCUGACAACCACAUCUGUGUCGCCGUAGACCAGUGUCCCUAAAGUAAAGGCAUUUGAAAGAGUCCUUGAUGUCGGCCAUGAGGGGUCUCUCCCUCCGUACCACGCUGCCACAUCUCUGUCUCCAUUUUUUUUUUAAAUUUGAGCCAAGGUGCGAUGUGUCCUCACCCUUACCUUCCAGUUAGUCUCUCUCUCUCUCUCUCUCUCUCUCUCUCUCUCUCUCUCUCUCUCUCUCUCUCUCUCUCUCUCUCUCUCUCUCUCUCUCUCUCUCUCUCUCUCUCUCGAGCUAUCUAUCUAUCUGUAUCUGUUUAUAAGAAAACUACAUAUUCUGUGUGUUUAUUUCUGUAAUAAAGCUCAAUUUCAAUGAUUCCAUAGAAUAAAAAUAAUGAAAAUGUAGAUCAGCUUGUGGAAAGGAAAGACUAACAAACAGUGAAUAUAGAGGAAACGGAAGCCACUCGCAGAAUCCAUCAUAAACUGGUUAAUUUUUUUUUACAACAAAGGAGACAGCUCAAGGGCAAAAAAAGAAAAAGAAAAAAAAAAGACACUAUCUGCCUCCUAUUGUUUGCCGUCCUCCCCAUGGUCCUCCCUAAUCCUCCCUUCUUCCUCUUUCCUCGUCCUCCUUUUCCUCCUCUCUCUCAAUCUCUCACUCACAGUAACAACGCCGGAAAACAACAUCAAGUAUUGCGGUAUUUAUACAAAAUCCUUAUUAUCCUUAACACGAAGCAAUCAUCACUAUUGUCUUAUCGGGUUAUCACAUUAUUUAAUUAUAUUCAUUUGGAGUUAGUAAAUAGCUGACAUAUGAGAGGAAGAGAGAGGUAUUAGGAGUGUGUGGCAGAGCUGCGGGGCGGGACUGAGCCACACUGGUCAGCGCCAAUUUAGACUUUCAAAUGGCUGGACUAUAGGGGGCGUAAUGUAAGACACUUUCGCCCCUCACAUCAGCUAUUUCUAAAGGUCAAAGAGUGGGUCAGUCGGAUUCUAAUAAGUGUUUCUUCAGGUUCACGGUACAGAGGAAGGGUCACACUAUCACCAAGGUCAUUAAGCUACUCUUGGAAAUGCCCCUCACAACUCCUACGAACGGCUUGUCAAAUAUGUGUUCUUGGGCGGCUAAAUGUCUUAAAAUACGAACCUAGGUGUCCGUCCUGCUGCUCGCCUGGGUGUCAACGCUGCACCAAGGCGACCAGCCAGUACCGGGACUGCCAGAGAGAGGGAUGCGGCUGCUUCUGCGCUACCAUUUUGAACUCCUCUGUCAAAGAAUAAAACAAAAUAAAAAUAAUGGGUGAAGUAA